GUUCCUGUUGUGUGUUAGAUGAGUGAUUAUAAGACGCCCAUCGUGCUGGACACUGGCUCCGGUCUGAUAAAGGCUGGGUUUGCAGACCAGGACCUUCCAACUACAGUGUUCCCCACCGUCAUCGGCCGUCCCAAAUAUGAGGACGUAAUGAACGGCAGUGUGGACCGAGAGCUGUAUGUGGGGCAUGACGCGCAGCACAUGAGAGGAGUGCUAGUCCUGAAGUAUCCCAUCAGAAACGGCAUCGUGAGCAGCUGGGAUGAGAUGGAGAUGAUCUGGCAUCACGCGUUCCAGCAGCUGUGUGCGUCUCCUGAGGAUCAUCCGGUGCUGCUGACCGAGGCUGCCAUGAACCCGCUGCAGAACCGCCAGCGCUCGGUGGAGCUGAUGUUUGAGGCCUUCAGUGUCCCGCUCGCCUUCGUGGCCCUGCAGGCUGUUCUGGCGCUCUACGCCUCGGGACGAACCACCGGGGUGGUGCUGGACUCUGGGGACGGCGUCAGUCACAGUGUUCCAGUGUUCGAGGGUUACUGUCUGCCUCACGCCGUGCAGCGCUUUGACUUGGCCGGAUCCCACGUCACCCUGCAGCUCCAGAAGGUGCACAGGAGCACUGCUCAUUACCAUACCAUAACUACUCAUGCACCUCAAUUAGGCCAACUGUAGGGCCAAAAUCACUUGACGCUUCAUUCGCGUUUCU